CAUCACCCACUAGCUCCAUUGCCCCGUCGACUGUCAUCCGCGUCUCCUUGUGUUUCCGCAUCAGCACAUCAGACACGUUUCCUUUCAUCAGCCAUUGGACUUCUGCGACUUCACACCCUCCUUCAAUCGCAUACAACACCUCCGACCCCCCUUGCCACCAUGAUCGCCAAGUCCGCCCUUCAGCGAGCUGCGGCAGCUCCAGCUCGCGCCGCCUUCCAGCAACAAUCCAUCCGUGCCGCAUCAGCCUGGUCGCAAGUGCCACAAGGCCCACCAGAUGCGAUUCUCGGAAUCACUGAGGCAUUCAAGAAGGACAGCAACAGCAAGAAGAUCAACUUGGGUGUCGGUGCAUACCGCGAUGACAAGGGCAAGCCAUAUGUCCUCCCAUCCGUGAAGACCGCCGAGCAAAAGGUUGUGCAGCAGAACUUGGACAAGGAGUACGCUGGCAUCACUGGUGUGCCAGACUUCACCAAGGCCGCUGCUCUUCUCGCCUAUGGCCCGGACAGCGCAGCCCUCAAGGAGGGUCGCGUCGUCAUUACACAGUCCAUCUCUGGUACUGGUGCUCUGCGGAUAGGUGGUGAGUUCCUGGCUCGUCACUACCCAGGCGCAAAGGCCAUUUACAUCCCAACUCCGUCGUGGGCCAACCACAAGGCGGUCUUCUCCGACAGCGGCCUCGAGGUCAAGCAGUACAGAUACUACAACAAGGAUACCAUUGGACUCGACUUCGAUGGUAUGGUGGCAGACAUCAAGGCUAUGCCAAAGGGCUCCAUCGUCCUGCUCCACGCCUGCGCCCACAACCCAACUGGUGUCGACCCAACUGAGGAGCAGUGGAAGGCCAUCAGUGACGCAGUCAAGGAGGGCGAGCACUUCCCAUUCUUCGACAUGGCCUACCAGGGCUUUGCCUCUGGUGAUACCGACAAGGAUGCAUUCGCGCUCCGCUACUUCAUCCAGCAAGGCCACCAGCCAUGCUUGGCCCAGUCGUUCGCCAAGAACAUGGGUCUCUACGGCGAGCGUGUUGGUGCUUUCUCCAUUGUCACCUCCUCUCCAGAGGAGAAGACCCGCGUCGAUUCGCAGGUCAAGAUCUUGGUCCGCCCACUCUACUCCAACCCACCGGUUCACGGCGCCCGCAUUGCCAGCACUAUCCUGAACGAUCCAGCCCUCAACAAGCAGUGGCUCGGUGAGGUGAAGGAGAUGGCAGACCGCAUCAUCAAGAUGCGUGCUCUCCUGAAGGGCAACCUGGAGAAGCUCGGUAGCAAGCACAACUGGGAUCACAUCACUUCGCAGAUCGGCAUGUUUGCAUACACUGGUCUGAAGCCUGAGCAAAUGACGAAGCUCGCCGAGGAGCACUCAGUGUACGCAACCAAGGACGGCCGUAUCAGCGUUGCUGGUAUUACGUCUGAGAAUGUUGGCCGGCUCGCCGAAGCGAUCUAUAAGAUCACUGGUUGAAGCGGGCAUCGCGUGCUGGGGAAAACUGUACACUAGCGACUCGCGCAGGAGCCAGCGAUAGACGGGUUGAUUCCGAGAUCCAAUACGUGCUUUGACCUCGAGGAGGAUGGGGAAGACAUAGCUGCAUGCAGUGUGCUUUGCCUCUCGGAGGAAAACGAUGUAUAAUAGACUGACGAGUAUGAUCCACACACUUCCCGAAACGUCCAGGCCGACUACUUCACACAUCGUGGGGCUGCUUAUGUUCGCGUUUCAAGCACGCCUUGACCGACU